CAUGACAGGUUGGGAAGGGGCGGGGGAAGCUGUCAUAUGUUUCCAGAUACUGACCUUAGUCAGCGAAUGGCUUUUCAGCAGAACAACAAGUUCAGCUACACUUGUAAAAUAGCCAGUGGCUAUUUAGCAUCCUUGACACUUAAAGUGGUAAAAAAGGAAAUAAAGAAGGAGAAGAAGCUGUUAGCAACUCAUGAGGAAAAAAAAAACAUAUUGGAAGUCUCCAAAGGGUGAAAUAGCAUCACACUGCUUUACCAACAUUGGAGGAAGAGGAGCAAUUUGCCUGAAGCUCUCAGCCCUUUGGUGUUACUAACGAUGGCAUUCCAUAGUAGAACUGUGUCCUUUUUCUUCUCAAUCUGGAUGGCAAAUUUCAUGGCACAACGUACAAUUCUUCCGAAAGAUAUUCGGAUGUCAAACUGCAGAAUUGUGGGUGUAACACUUGUUGUAGAUACGGCUAAUAUUAAUUUUAAUUUUGCUGAAGCAGAACCAGUUUGCAGGCAGCUGGGAUUAAUGCUAGCACACAAAUCCAAGAUUGAAGCUGCUUUGAAACAUGGCUUUGAAACUUGCAGUUUUGGCUGGGUAGCAGAAGGCUAUGUUGUAAUUCCCCGGAUAACUCCAAAUGAAAAAUGUGGGAAGAAUAAAACUGGGAUUGCCAUCUGGAGAACGGAUGUAGAAAAGAAAGCUCGUGUCUAUUGUUACAAUUCUUCAGAUACGUGGAUUAAUUCAUGCAUCCCGGAAGAAAGCACAGUUUCAUUACCAGAGAGUUCCACCGAGAUGAACUCCACUUUAACAGCCUCGUUUCAGGAUACCUCCACAGUGGUUGACACAACUCAGUUACAACAAACUCAAAAGCCCCCAAAGUAUCGCAUCAUAUGUGUAACAGAAACUUUGUCUCCCGAUUCCGAACCUACUCCCAAGAAGGAAAAUUUGAUUUUCACUGAUAAACGAACUGCCUUUAAAAAUGAAGGUGUCCCAUUUGGAGCUGUACCUAUCGUGCUUCUGGUGCUUGCCCUCUUCUUCUGCACAGCUGCAAUGGUUUUAGCUGUCUGCUAUAUCAAAAAAUACAAGAAAACAUCUCUAUUUUCAAGCAAGGAGAAGAAAGAUGAAAUAGAAACCAAGACCCUCAAAGAACUAAAUGCAAAAAACCAACCUGCAGAGCAGAGCCUAAAGAAUGGAGAAAAGGAAGAAGUGGAAGUCAAGUCUGAGCCACAAGUAAAAUGUUUGGAAGCAGAAGUUUGAGGCAGAGUAUCUCAAUGAACAAAUGCCACAUGAACAAAUGGAAACUAACAGUUUUUAGACAUUGAUAAUUGUAUAUAUUGCCAAAAUGAGUAUCAGGCCUGUCAUACAAACAUUUCACACCUCAUAUAUGCUAGCUUAUACAUUGUCAAUAUAGGAAUGAUCUGCCUUACAAUAACACCUAUACAACUCAUAUUUUUAGUUUUGUUACAAGGAAGCGACAAUAUUUUUCCAAAACAUGACCUGCAAUUCAGACCUGCAACUCAAACAAACAAAUAAAAAUGGAAUUAUAUUUUUGUUUAUUAUACAAAGGAUUUCAUGGAGAAACUUGAAUAUGUGAACUAGAUUUAACAGAGAAACUGCUCCUGUAUUUUUCAAAUGAUGGUAACUUUAAAAUACGUCUUUAUCGAGAGGUUAUCACAGAAGUUCAAAAACAUAAAGAGUGAUGGAAAAGAACAAAGGGAAAAAGGUCUGAUUCACGUGCAGAAGAAUCCAGCACAAAUUGUUACAUAGCCAUAAAAAAUAUGUGUUUCUUAAGAUUCCAGUCUCUGUGUCUCUUCCUAUAUUAUUUCCAGAAAUCUAACAAAUCACAAACUAUCAAUUUUAAAUAUGGGAAAAAGAUAAAAAAAUAUGAUAGCAACAAAAUCUAUUAAUUAUAUUUCUUUUUUCCAUGCAUGCUAUAGUCAUGUUUAUUUCAAAAAUAUUUAACAGCCCAAUUAUAUGCAUGUUUACUUAGAAAUAUGUUCCAUUCUAUUUCCCGAACUUACCAUUCAAAACUACUAUAUAAAAUAUCUCUGUAAAUUGAUUGUUGUGGCUGUUACUAUACAUGCAAAUAAUUUAUCAGGAUUUAAUUGAAAUAAACAAAAAUUCCAUAAUUAUUUAAUACUGUAAACUGAUACAAAAAUUGCAUAUUUCCAACAGCUGAAUUUGUUCAUAAUUACUUUCCAAUGAUGGACAGAUUCAGCUGAAAAACUAUAGAAAUAAAUUUGAUAUUACCAUAUAUG